UGUGUUUAAAUGAAUACAGAGUGGGAGGGCUAUUGCACUCUGGCAGUGAAAGUAGAGUGGGCUGGCUGGCCGUUAAAGAAAGUGCCUACGCCUCAGGACCCUCCUCUGUUCACUACGGCGCUUGUCGCCCGUUGUUCGCUAAACGUGAGGCCCUUCUGAAGAACACCGGUCCGUCCUAACGUUACCUUCCAGUUUCCGGUUUAAAGGAAGCCCCUGUCUAAUAUUUCCCCAGAAACACAUUGGAUUUUUAUUACCUUUUUUUAUUGACCGACGCUAUAUUACCGGCUCCGGCCAUGGCAGCCAACGCGAAGCGAAAACAGGAGGAAAAACACCUGAAGAUGCUGCGGGAAAUGACAAGUUUGCUGCCCAACCGAAAGUGCUUCGACUGCGACCAGCGCGGCCCGACCUACGCCAACAUGACCGUGGGCUCGUUCGUCUGCACGUCCUGCUCAGGCAUCCUACGAGGCCUGAAUCCUCCCCACAGAGUGAAGUCCAUCUCCAUGACGACUUUCACGCAACAGGAAAUAGAAUUUCUACAGAAGCAUGGAAAUGAGGUAUGUAAACGGAUAUGGCUCGGCCUUUAUGAUGACAGAAACUUGGCCAUCCCAGACUUUAGAGAACCUCAGAAAGUCAAAGAGUUCCUUCAGGACAAAUACGAAAAAAAGCGAUGGUAUGUUUCUCCAGAGCAGGCUAAGACGGUGACAUCGGUUCACGCGUCCGUCUCUGGUUCAUCUGCCAGCAGCACCAGCAGCACUCCAGAGGUCCGACCUCUCAAAACAUUACUGGGGGAAUCAGUACCCACUUUACACCUCAACAAAAACACACCCAGCCAGUCUCCAGUUGUGUCACGCACUCAGCUGACCCAGCAGCAACAUCAGGACAGGAAGUUCGACCUGCUCAGCGAUCUAGGUGGCGACAUUUUUGCAGCUCCGCACUCGCAGUCCACAGGCAAUGCAAACUUUGCCAACUUUGCACAUUUCAACAGUCAUUUGGCAGCACAGAAUGCAAAUUCUAAUGCAGACUUUGCGAAUUUUGAUGCGUUCAAUAAUAGUUCUGCUGCUCAAACCACAGCGACAUUUCCAUCACCUCCACAAGCCCCAUUUCAACCCGCACAAUCAGGCAGCUCAUCAGGACUAGCCAAUGCCAACUUUGCGAACUUCGAUAACUUCCCCAAAUCGUGCAGUGCUGAUUUCGCCUCAUUUAGCUCCACCCAGAGUAACUCCGUGGGAGAGGGGCAUAAAGUGGAAGCAGUCGGCGUCUCUGCAGACCGAUACGCAGCCCUCGCCAACGUGUUCGGCAGCAAACCUGAGCAAGGUACGAGUUCAGCCCCUCCAUCAGCAGGUCUGGGUCCUCCACCUCCACAGGCAGCUCUGUUGGGCGGUGAUCGCUACGCUGCUCUAGCUGAACUAGACAAUGUCUUUAGCUCCUCAGCACCAAACGUGAGCAGCUACAACACUGCCACCACCACACAAGGGUCUGUGUUUGGAUCCUCAGCGGCUGCUCCUCCAGUUCAAGCACAACAGGGUUUACCCAGCAUGCCUCAGGGUUUUGGAGGGCCUUCGACGAAUCCAUUCGUCGCUCCGGGGGCUCCGCAGGCCCCUCCCACUAACCCAUUUCAGACCAAUGGAAGAGCGGCAGUACCAGGAGUGGGUGUGGCCACAGCAGCCUCUUUCGGUCAUCCGUCCAUGAGCAUGCCGACUGGGUUUGGAAACGCUGCUGCAUACAACCUUCCCACCAGCUUCAGUGGAAACUUCCAGCAGGCGUUUCCUGGACAGCCGUACACCCAGCAGCACGCGUAUCCCCAACAACCCAACGGAGGUUUUGCUGCUUUUGGUCAGGGUAAAGUCACUCCGUUUGGACAGAACAUGACAGCGCCUGGAGUAACUAACAAUCCCUUCCUGGCAGGGGUACCAGCAGCACAGUUUCCUGCAGGAGGCUCAUCCACAAACCCCUUUUUAUAGCACACCUUUGUCCUCUCCUCCUACGGUGGGCGGCCUGCGACUCGAUCGCACCUCUUGCACUGUUUUGUUUCUCAAGUAGCUUUAAAAAAAAAAAAUCUACAUCUAAAAUAAUUUUUUUUAUUGAAUUUUAAGAGUAAAAGACUGAAAAAAAACAAAAAACAACAGCAAGUGAAUAUAUACACAAUCCCGUCUAUGGCACAUCCAUAAUGACCGGAAACAAAACAUGUUGCAGGGUCGUUUGGAGAAAGGGAACUGAACAGAAACGUGCUACUUAUGGCAAUCCUGUGACCUGGCCUGACCUGGAAAUCAUCUGCAUGGUGUGGUUGAUUACUAAGUUAUUGCAAACCUCCUGUUCAUGUUAAUGCUGCAAUUCUGUAUAUAAUUAUUUCUUAGAAAUUGCUCAAUUUUAGGUCUUUGUGCAUAUCAGUAUUUGUAUCUUUAACAAACAUACACACGCGUCCACACACACAUGCUGCAUAUACGGCCCUGACGUCCGCCAUGCUGUGAAUAACAUUAAGCAAGAAUGUGGAAUCCCUUUUUUGACAUCAUAGUAUUGCUUUUUUGUGCUUUUGGAGUUUCUGAGAUUGAGGCAAAAACAUUGUUUUUUUCCGUUACGAGGAGUUUAAACUACAAGACUCUUUCUGAAUAUCAACUCCUCCUGAAUUCUUGAGACUCAGACUCAAGACCACUUAUGUUACAGAAAUCUAAGUUAAUGUGUGUAUAUAUAUAAAUAAAUAUAUACAAUAUAUAUUAAAAGGAAUUUUACCUAAA